AUGUGGCUUCCGGCGCUAGUGUACCUUCUGGGCAGACUGGGCCUAUCAGCGGGCGGCAGUGACACUACGGAUCCCGAUGCCAUCUUUGCAGUGAACAACGGCACUUCCGCCACCGACACGAUGGUACAGCCACACUUCGACAACACUACCAAAAGGGAAUACACCGCCGCGGUUGGUCAACCAGCAUACUUACACUGCAGAGUGAAAAAUCUUGGAGACAGAUCGGUAUCCUGGAUAAGAAAGAGAGAUUUACACAUCCUCACAGUCGGUGUUCACACGUACAGUAGUGACGCGCGUUUUGCGGCGUUACACACGGACGGUUCAGACGAAUGGACGCUGCGGGUGGCACACGCUCAGCCUAGAGACUCGGGCGCCUACGAAUGCCAAGUAUCCACUGAACCAAAAAUCAGUUUGUCAUUCUGGCUCACCGUUGUAGUUUCAAAGGCUGAGAUUCUGUCAGGACCCGAGCUAUUUGUGCGAGCCGGCUCUGAUAUUAACCUCACUUGCAUUGCGAGGCACGCGCCUGACCCACCCAGUUCUGUCCCCAGCUUCAUAUACUGGUAUCGUGGAGCCAACGUGGUGAACUACGCACAACGAGGAGGUAUUAGCGUUGAAACGGAACAGCGUACACGGACCAGCCGACUUCUUAUAGCGAGAGCGUCUCCACGGGACUCUGGGAACUACACCUGUGCACCAAGCAGUUCAGAUUCUGCAUCAGUGGUGGUACAUGUCCUCAACGGUGAACGACCGGCUGCAAUGCAAAGUGAUGCUCCACAAAAGACACCAAAUAUCUUAAUUCUUUUAACUAUACUAUCUAUAAGAAGAGAACUUACUGACUUCGUGCUACACACACUUUUCGCUAUACACAUCAACUUCCAAAACAAACUAUUACAAAUUUUCGACAAUAUUAAAUUUAUAUCUAGA